UACUUGCAUAUGAUGCUGGUGACGCAUGUGCAAGAAAUCCUUUUCAAGGGACAAAUUCCUCAAUCUGGCAAGAGUGGUCGAUACUCGAUAUUACGGUACCACAUGGUAACGGAGGUAAAAUGGCGUUGCCUGUGCCUUGUGUCGCUGUAAGAGGUACAAUUGGAGUCAGCUUAGGACAAGGGCCACCAUCGUACGAAGCAGUUAAAUCAUUUCCUAAGGAUGAUAGCAAGACAUGCAAAGCGAUGGCUUUUAGCCCAGAGGGAAGAUUUUUUGCAUGGAUCAAUGGGAUGUCUGCCAAGGUUUUACAUUGUGAUACAUGGAAAGUAGCUGCAGAAAUAAAAAGGCCAAAAAUUUCUGCAAUUCACUUUUCCACUCAAGGCACAUAUUUUAUGACAUGGGAACCAUUCAUUGCGACACAAGCCAAUCCUCAAGGGUCACCAAAUCUUCACAUAUGGAAAUCUGAAAGUGGAGAACUAGUGAAAAGUUUCAUACAGAAGAAACAAAUAGAUUGGCAGCCCCAAUGGUCAAGUAAUGAAAAACUCUGUGGGAUGUUAGUUGGUGCAGAUGUCAUUCUAUAUGAGGAUGUCGAUUUUUCAAAAGCUACUCACAAAAUAAAUGUAGCCAAAGUUGCUAACUUUAGUAUAUCACCCAAUAAUACUUCAUAUUAUAUUCUCUGUUACAUGCCUGGAAAAUCUGGUCAACCAUCAUUUGGCAGACUAUUCCAAUAUCCGAAAUUCGAAUCUACACAGGCGUUGGCAAAUAAGAGUUUCUUCCAGGCAGAUAAAGUAAAUAUUUACUGGAAUAAUCUCGGAACAAAUGCUUUAUUAAUGACGAGUACAGAGGUCGACAAAGCUUCAUAUUAUGGAAAACAGACUUUGCACUAUCUUAGUACAAAAGGAGAAACUGCUUUGGUUAUGCUUAACAAGGAAGGUCCUAUACAUGCAGUGGAGUGGUCACCGAAAAAUACUGAAUUUUGUGUUCUAUAUGGUUUCAUGCCAGCCAAAGCCACAUUAUUUAAUCUUAAGUGUGAAUCGGUAUUCGAGUUUGGAGCACUGCAUCGAAACAGCAUUUACUAUAAUCCUCAAGGGAAUAUUUUGAUAUUGACUGGGUUCGGUAACCUUUCCGGCGGUAUCGAACUGUGGGAUGUUGGCAAGAGAAAAUUAAUUGCUAAAACUGAAGCACCCGAUACUACGCUUCUUCAGUGGUCUCCGGACGGAAAACAUUUUAUGACCGCAACUACAGCACCCAGACUUCGAAUGAGUAAUGGAUUCAAAAUCUGGCAUUACACUGGAACAUUAUUAUACGAACGACCAUGGAAUGAACAAGAAGAACUUUGGGAAGUACUUUGGCAACCUUUCCCACCAAAUACAUUUCCAGAGAAAGCGAUCAGUUACAAAGCUGUCGAAGGUAUCGCUUCUAGCCAACCACAAGCAUCAAAACAAGCAUAUCGGCCACCUUUUGUGAGAGGGAGGGAAUCUAUAUCCUUUAAAUUAUGCGAUGAUGACGAAUUAGGAAUUAAGAAAACAACAGACGCUAAAGGUACAGCGAAAACAAAGAAAAAAACUAAGAAAGUUAAGAAGGAAUCGGAAGCUUCUGCAUCUUCCCAGACUCAUAGUACCUCAAACACAAAUGGACAAGUUCCUACAACCACAAGAAGUCAAAACUUGACUGCUGCAAAUGUUACUGAAUGCGAUGAUUUGGAGAGGAGUAAGAAAAUUAAAAGAAUUAAAGCUAAAUUAGAGCAGAUUUCAAAAUUGAAGGAGCAGUUAAGAGCAGGGAAAUCAUUAGAAAUCAAUCAACUGGACAAGAUUAAAAAAGAAGCUGACUUACUAAAGGAAGUCGAAGAGCUUACUUUAUGAUGAACAUUUUAAAUUGCUGAUGUAUACGGUUAAGAAAAAAAAAGUCUGAAUGUUUCUCCUGAGAAUGAAAAAUGAUCUCGGCCCAGCAUUUACAGUACCGUACGUACGGAAAUUACGUUUGGCUGUAAUUAAAAUUUUAAUUCUACUGAGAGAUAGUAGGAACAAACUAAAUUUUGGAAGUGGAUUAACCAGGUUUUCACAUUACUAAGGUUGUUAGAAUUUAAGAUACAAUCAUACAUUUCGUUUGCGAGCGAUGAUAAAAGGAUUAAAAUGGUCCAUCGCACCUCUUUAAUAAUUAAGGAAUAUCGAUUUUUUCUUUUGAAUGAGAAAGAAAAAUGGAGUGAUCGUAAAAUUUAAUACACACAAAAAUGAGUUCCUGGAGGCAGAUGCUAUCACUUAAAUUCUCAUGUUUGUAAAUUGUGUACUAUUUUCUUAUCUUCAUAUAAUCUCCAUGAACAUUUAAUGAUAGCGAGAUAUAGACAUUAUUCUGUAAUUUAAUUGUUACUAAAGUCACGAGUAUCUUACCAAUCAUUUUGAUAAUAUGUUUCGUUCUUAUAUACAGUGUUUUUUGUUUAUCGUGUCUUGCAUUGUGUUAUGAAUUGAUAUUUUAUGUUUUUCUUGCUAUGAAGGAUUAUAAGACUGGUCAAAUGAAGUAGAUUUACUUAGUCCGGUUUAAUUAAUAAUUAAAAAGAACUUCCAAAACAAAGUACAUACCAACCAUUGUCCCAUUGAAUUAGAGAAACCCUUGAAUAAUAAUAAAGGAAAUUUAGAUUUUUGAAUUAGUUCAUUUUUUAUGUACCAUUAUUAAAAUAAAAGUUCAAAGUUACCCUUUUCUGUUUUUCAAUUUGUUCUACGAACAUGUAAUGUGUAAUAAGAACAACUGUUUUUAUUUUACAUGUACUACUCUCAGAAGAAUUUUUUAAGUUGAUUAGAGCGAAUGAAAUUGUACUAUGUGAAUUGUACAAUACAAAUCAAGAGAGAAAUAUAUUCUUUACCUUAUUCUUAUUAGUUUUGACACUUUAAUUACAAAAUUUAAAUGAUACUAUUUGUUUAAGAGAAACUACAUUCGCCAAUGUUGUGUACAGUUUCAUUAAAUUUUAUGGAAAUAAAUUACUAAAAAGAAAUUGUUA